GGAGAACGGCCCCCAUUGAAGGAAAUUAUAAACUUCUUUUUUUAUUGUGUUUUUAGAUAGUUAAAAUUAUGAUGAAUCUAUUAAAACAAAUUUCUACGUUUCUUACAGACUUAGUUUAAGAGUUAUAAUGUUUAUAAAAAAAAAAAUUUAACAUGGGCUCUUAUGGAGUAAUGAAAAAAUGACCCUCCAAAACAGUAGUUAUUGCAAAAAAAAGUAUAGACCGGAAUUAUUUUGUAUAGUGUUUUUUUGUGAAUAUAAGUAAAUGAAAUUAUUUAGAACAGAUUGACAGUUUUAGUUUUGUCAGUUACUAUCUUAUUGUUUAUAAAAAAUAGCAAUGAAAAAAAAAAAAACGCUAAUUUUAUCAUUUUUUUUUUCUUGUCAACAAAAAUAUGGCAACUACGCAUUGGAUUCGUGUUAUAAAUUUGAUGGUAUAUUAUCGACUGCGUCUCUAAAACGCGUGUCUACUUAGAUCAAGCGUUGCCAAAUCUCUCUUGUUGUGUAGGUGUGAAUUUUUUUUUAAUUGUGUGGGUAAAAAAAAUCAAAAGUUUUCACGUCAGCGACUGGUUUUGGUACAGGCAAAAAAUAGAGCUCAGGGACAAAACUUUUGGUUGAUAUGAUACGUACCGUUCUCCCUUAAAUUCAAUCAAAAAACUUUCAACGAUUGCCUUGGCACUUUGUGCUGAACAUACUCGUUGUGAGUUGAUACAUUUUGUUCCAUUGGUACAACGUUUGGCAUCUGGUGAUUGGUUUACGUCAAGAACAUCGACAUGUGGUUUAAUAAGUGUAUCUUAUCCACGUGUAAGUAUAGCAACAUUAGCUGAAUUAAGAAAUCAUUUUUGUAAUUUAUGUCAAGAUGAUACACUAAUGGGGCGACGUUCAGCAUCAUCAAAAUUGGGAGAAUUUGCGAAAGUUGUUGAAAUUGAGUAUUUAAAAUCUGAUUCAAUUCUAAUGUUUGUUAUACUUGCACGAGAUGAACAAGAUUCUGUUCGUUUAUUAGCUGUUGAUGCAUGUAUUUUGGACAUUUUUGGAGGUAAUUUGUCAACAUCUAACCCAAAAUUCCGUAAUUCAAAAGACAAUAUUCAUAUUUUGGAAUUUAAUUAUCAAGAUUCAAGUAAGAUGAUUACACAUGGUCUUUUUGUUCAACCAGAAAUAACGCAUAUUGAUUAUCAAAAUGUUGAAUUGGAAAAUUUGUUGAAAACAAAAAUUAAAUAUAUUGAAGUUAAAGCUUAUUUGAAAUCAAUAUUAUUAAUUGAAGAAGGAGAGAAGUCUCACGGCUUAGGAAAAAUUGUUGAUUACAAAGAAAACUACGUGUUGGUUAAAAUUGUCAAUGAUCCAAAAGAAGAUGAACGUUUAAAAAUUGGUGUUGCAUUUAAAAUGCGUGGAGUCAUUUACGAUAAUCAUAGAAAUACCAAUUUUUCAAGUAAAAGAUAUGGACGACGUGGAUGUGUUGGAAGAAAAAACGUUGCCUAUUCCACAAGUCAGAAAAAGUUUCCAACGUUUAUCUGCAGUUGUGGAACGUCAAAAAAUUGAUAAUGAAAA